AAAAGUAAUGUACUAUAUAGGGAAUAGAGUGCCAUUUGUGAUGCACACAAUUACUGUAGUAACAUGACACUGCCUCAACCAACUAAAGACUUCAUUGAUCAAUUUUCACACUGUUUAUUAGCACCUCAUUGGAAAUCCCCAUCACUCAUAAAAUACUUGGGCUAGAAUGUCACCUUUGUGUAACAGCAAGACGAUUACAAGAUGACAGAAGUUUUAAAUAAGUUUUAAAUAAAUUGUGUGAAAGUGAUUCAUAAUUCAUGCAUACUAUACGUACUAUGCUACUUAUACUACCCUCAGGGCAGCAUUUCAUUUCCAUACAAGAUGUGAAAAGAUGUGCACAAGAUGUGAAAAGAUGUUGAACCUUUUGAAAAGACACCUUUUUGGUUGAAAAUAUGUUGAAAAGAUGUAUAUCUGGUUGAAAAGUUUUUUUUUUUCAAUGUGUUGUGCUCAUUGGGAGCAUACUGAUCACACUGUGAUGGAGCUGAAUGCUGAUUAAGUGUAAUUUAUGACUACAUGGUAAACAGCCGCAUGAAAAGAGGAAGCAGAUAAAAGUUGAGGCUACAGACAGAACAGAUCUGUCUUGAGUCUUGACAUUUUCUCGCACACCAUAAGUUCUUGGAAAUAGGACUACAGAAUUCACUGAACACUUAAGAGGAGACUAGAUAUAGCAGUCAGUCCACAUAAUGUGGCCCAGGAUGGUCUAGAUCUGGAAGGUUAAUUACUGAGACCCACCUGCUGACCCUUACCCAUGUUCUUCUGCUCCGGGGGACCUGUCCUCCUGCGCUCCCCAGGAAACAUGCUUAUCUUCUGGAUGUCUUGUGGAUCGCUUCUCCCUCCCCUGGUCCUCUGCUAUAAUGGAAAAGAACGCUGCACAAUCCAGGAGAACAAACAAUAUCAUGCCUUCUUCCCACUCCCUCUCUCCAUAGUGUCCCCUGUGCUUGAGUCCCUGCGGUGCUACAAUGACUACAGCUCCUACGUCCGCUGUAGCUGGGAAGAGAGUCCGCACGCGUCUUCACAAGCCCCGUUAGCCCUAUACUACUGGGACGACACUGAGAACCGUGAGUCCCUGUGUAAACCCUAUGGUCAGCCAGCAUUGAAUGCCAACAACAGCAAGCUCACAGCCCAGUGUCAGUACAACACUCGUGACUUUGGCAUCAAUACCAACCAUGUCUUCUUCUUCAAGACCUCCUGUCCCCCUGCCCUGCUUCUGUUUAAGAAUCUGAGGGUGCGUCCACCAGUCCACUUAUCACAGCAGCCUGUAGAGAGAGGGGGCCGUUUGCUCAGCUGGGAAAGCCCCUACCCCCCAACGUCCCUCCUGACCCCCACUCUCAACUAUCAGGUCAACUACAGGAGGUCUAACCAGGAUGACUGGACAGCAGUGAAGGUUCAGGACACCCAGCUGAGUGUGGAGGCUGAAGCUCAGGUGCCUGGCUGCCAGUAUGAGGCCAAGGUUAGGGCAAAGGGGAAGAUGGGACUGUGGAGUGAGUGGAGCUCUCUAGUGACCUGGAUGACUGAGGAUGACCCUGUGCCAGGCCCCUCCAGUGCGCAGUGUGUGGUGGAUGACGAGAAAGUGGUGACAUGCAGCUGGGAGGUGAAGAGAGACCUGGCUCAGUUCCUUACCUUCCAUCUGUCCAGCAAACACAACCACACUGCACCAGCCCAGAAAUGCUGUGUUAACACCAUGGUCAGCGCUCCAUCCAGGGGUCCAAUGCUCAAAUACAGCUGCUCCUUCCCUGUCCCAGACUCAGAACAGCUAGAGGUGGAGUUCAUCCCCACAUGCAACAGCAAAACGUUUAAAACACAUAAAAACAUUCGUCCAAACCGUCCACUCCACGUGCAGAUAGAAGCGAGAGAUGGGAACUGGAUUCUAAAAUGGAAUCCGCCAAAAUCAAAUUUUGAACUCGCCUAUCAGGUGCACUACUGGAGUAAUGACACUCAGGAGGAUACUAGGUUCCUCAAUGUCUCCCAGGGGUCCCUCUCACUCUCCAUCCUGGGGAGGUCCCUGCGCCCCUCUGAGUGCUACCUGGUUAAGGUGAGAGCCAUGGUGGUCCCGGGAAGGGGUGAUACUUUCGAAGGACCCCCCUCAGAAUGGACCGACACAGUGGAGUGGACCUCACGACCAGCUUCCUGGUCCAUCACCACCUUCCUCUACAUCUUCAUCAGUGUACUGGUGGCCAUUGUCUUCAUCGCUCUCUAUGUUACCAUACCAGCCUGUCACAGGCGGGUAGUCCUGUGGGAGGUGUCUGUCCCGUCGCCCCUCAAGAGCAAGGCACUGGGAGAGGUCAUUAAGAAGUCUCCUGAUAGGUUGUUAUUUCCCGAGAGUGAGAGAAGUGAAAAGACCUACAUCUGCAGCGUACAGACACUGGAGAGCAAGGAGGAUAUCAGUCUCUGCUUUAGCUGCUCUUCAGAUAAUCCAUUGUGGUUGACCCCAGAUGUAAAGGCCAAUGGACUGUUCCAUUCCAUUACCAAGGAGGGGUGGAAGAAGUAUGACCCAAACUUUUCCUCCCUACUUCUGUUGUCUGUGGACAGAUCUUGCCCUCCUGCUCUAGACUCAUCCGGCUUCAGCUUCAGUGGCCCUUACAUCUUGUGUGGUGACAGUUCACCGGCGCCAAGUGAGUUUCUGAGUCUGGAGCCUCCCUGUGAGGAGUCCGACAACACUCUCUCUAACUCUGACCCCUCUUCUCCCUCCUCCUUGGAGAGGUCUGCCCCAUCCCUCUUGGAGUCGAGUGAGGGCUAUGUGGCGAUGCCUCAGGUCAGUGCUGGCCUGUCCAGAUCAACAGAGGGAGUGUCUGAUGGUCUUAUGAGCGCUGUAGUAACGGAAGAUAGUAAGAACACUGGUAACAACAACGGCAACAAUGUCAUCAUCAUGGCAUGGCCCAAGUCAGAGCUCCUCCCACCCCGACCUAGCUCUAUGUCCACCUGCUCACCACCCAGUGAGAAUGAAGACCCUCCUCCAGCGUACAUGCCCCCCACCACCACCACCCCCUUGACCUUGCCCCCAGUGGACCCUACCCUACAUACCUCUGGGUACUGCUUCCUCCCGGCUGUACAGGCACUUGGGGGCUGGGGCCAUGUGCAGUCUUCUGGGCCACCGAAAGGGAUCAGUCAAGAGCAGCAGGCAAGGAGGAGAGAGAGGAGGCAGGAGGAGCAGUGCAAGGAGGAUCCCUAUGUCAGACUGUCCCAGCUAGCCACUUAGCUAACCCCAUCUAAUGCUGGAAUACAUGCUCAGGACAUGAGGGCCUCUAUAGGCCACUGUUCUCAAUAUUUGAUCCAUUCUAACACUAACACACCUGAUUCAACUAAUCAUAAGAGCUUGAUUAUUAGUUGGACUAGUUCAAUCAGGUGUGUUAGUGUUGGAAUGGACCACGUGUAAAACUACUGAUUUGUGGUCACUGAAGACUGGGUUGAGAUUGAGAAACACCUCUAUUCCUAGGAGGGAAAACUGUGGCGCCUCAUACAGUAGCCUCCCUUGAUUACUCACAAUGGCCAGCAGAUGGCAGCACUGUACUUACUGUGUAUCUAUUGAACUCAGAGGUGGCCUAUGGAUUCUACUGUAAGGACUAACUACAAACACAGAAGCAUACUGCAGUAAGCCAUUCCUCUCUGGGUGGUAAGGUGACUAAGGGCCAGAAUCCCAGGUUUCCACCACAUCACAUGGCAUGGAUGGUACAUGUGUAACAGGGUGGCACUGUUGAGUUGGUGAGCGCAGCCUUAUUCCUCUGUCAGUGCCAGUGGCUGUUCCUGUCGUUCUACAGCAGGGGUCGGCCCCCGGGCUCAAAGUGUUGUGUUACAGAAUCAAAUCAAAUGUAAUUUGUCACAAGCUUCUUAAACAACAGGUGUCGACUUAUAGUGAAAUGCUUAAUUACAGGCCCUUCCCAACAAUGCAGAGAGAAAAAUAUAGAAAAAAAUAUUACACGAGGAAUAAAUACACAAUGAGUAACAAUAACUUGGCUAUAUUCACGGGGUACCAGCACUGAGUUGAUGUGCAAGGGUAUGAGAUAAUUGAGGUAGAUAUGUACAUAUAUGUAGGGGUAAAGUGACAAGGCGACAGGAUAGAUAAUAAACAGUAGCAGCAGUGUUAGUGCAAAGAGGGUCAAUGCAGAUAGUCUGGUUAGCUAUUUGGUUAACUAUUUAGUAGUCUUAUGGCUUGGGGGUAGAAGCUGCUCAGGGUCCUGUUGGUUCCCGACCUGGUGCAUUGGUACCGCUUGCCAUGCGGUAGCAGAGAGAACAGUCUGUGACUUGGGGUGGAUGGAGUCUUUGACAAAUGUUUUCCUCUGACACCACCUGGUGUAGAGGUCCUGGAUGGCAUGACCGUUCACACUACCCUCUGUAGCGCCUUGCAGUCGGAUGCCAAGCAGUUGCCAUACCAAGCAGUGAUGCAACCAGUCAAGAUGCCUUUUAAUGGUGCAGCUGUAGAACUUUGAGGAUCUGAGGGUCCAUGCCAAAUAUUUUCAGCCUCCUGAGGGGGAAGAGACAUUGUCGUACCUUCUUCACAAAUGUGUGGGUGGACCAUGUUUAUUCCUUAGUGAUGUGGAACUAAGGAGCUUGAAGCUCUCAUCGCGCUCCACUACAGCCCCAUCGAUAUGGAUAGGGGUGUGCUUGGCCCUCCGUAUCCUGUAGCCCACGAUCAGCUCCUUUGUCUUGCUGAUGUUAAGGGAGAGGUUGUUGUCCUGGCACCACACUGCCAGAUCACUGACCUCCUCUCUAUAGGUGGUCUAAGCAGCCUUAAUGAUGGAUUGGAGUUGUGCGCAGCCAAGCAGUCGUGGGUGAACAGGGAGUACAGGAGGGGGGACUAAGCAUGCACCCCUGAGGGGCUCACAUGUCGAGGGUCAGCGUGGCAAACUUUUUACUUCCUUGGUUAAAAGCGAGGACACAUUUAAAAAAUAGAGGGGGAAGAUGUAACAGGGUGGAACUGUUGAGUUGGUGAAUGCAGCCUUGUGCCUCUGUCAGUGCCAGGUGUGUGAGAUUGUUGAUUGUAAUUAAGGGUGUGGCCUUCAGUGUUUAACUUGGCAGUUCUUGUUGUUCUACAUAGUCGCAUUACCAUGAGAAGGUUGGCAUGCGCAGGGAGGAUGGGAGUGGCAACAUUGGGCUAGUCCAAAUUCUGAAGUAUAUCCGGGGAUUUUGUAAGUGGCAAGAGUACCCGUAUGCUAAUUUGACCCACUCUGCUUUUCCCUUGGCAUUCCCUCCUGAGAGUAUUGUGCAACAUGUUCUGUGAACACGAGUAAUUCAUCUGAUCUGUGUUAUGCCAUAGCUCAGGCAUAUAUCGAAUAAUUUAGGAUUUGUAUGUCACCUAAAGUUUUUAUGUCCUGUGAUAGGGAAUCAGUAUUAUCUAGAGCUUCCAAGGAACAUGUAUGCCUGUAGCUGAAGAUUAAAAUGGGGUGUAAAAUAAAUUAUUGUUGUUCCUUA